AUGACGAGUGCCCUAGUUUACGACCGCGGUCUCACCCGCGCAGACUAUAUUGUGCUGAAAAAUCUGGAAAACGACAUUGCCCAGAGACGAGAUUCUCACUCAGAUGGCAAAUUCGACGGCGACUGGGACCAUAUCUCAUCCGAGUCUCAAACCGAGCCACAGCAGGGAGGCGAGGUGGACUCAGCUGCUAAAGACAUCGCCCUCCUCAAGUCCAUGAGAAAUCCGGCAGAUGCUCACUUUGAGCCCACCAUAUUCGUAUCCAUCGAUGAUCUUCCUAGUCGUCUACCCAAGUCAGUCAACAAGCUACUUCUGCAACCGUUUAUCAGCUGGGCACGGAAAACAGCCCGUUAUGAGACGGACGUGGUGUUCAUUGUGCAUCUGAUACUCUACUUCACGACCUCAGUACCAAGCGCAAUUCUCCUGUUCCGAAACUUCAAUCUCCUUCACGGAAUCCUUCAUGCCAUCAUGCAAGUCUACUAUGUCGGCACCUACACUCUUAUGAUGCACCAGCACAUUCACCAGCGUGGGGUUUUGGCCAAGAAGUAUGCCACAUUUGACAAACUGUUUCCAUACAUUACGGAUCCCUUGAUGGGACAUACUUGGAACUCAUAUUACUACCACCACGUCAAGCAUCAUCACAUCGAGGGCAACGGUCCAGACGACCUGUCGUCAACAAUCCGCUAUCAGCGAGACGACAUCUCCCACUUUCUUCACUACGUGGGCCGUUUCUUUUGCCUCGUUUGGCUAGAUCUUCCCAUGUAUUUUGCCCGCAAGGGUCGAUGGGGAGUGGCUGUGCGUGCGGCGGGCUGUGAAUUUGGAACCUACUUGUUCUAUUAUACCAUGGCAACCUUUGUGAACAAGAAGGCCACCAUCUUUGUGUACAUCGUCCCCUUCUUGUUGCUACGGCUGGGAUUGAUGGCGGGCAAUUGGGGCCAGCAUGCCUUUGUUGACCCCGAUGAGCCGGAUUCCGACUAUCGAUCCAGCAUCACUUUGGUGGACGUUGCAAGCAACCGAUUUUGCUUCAACGAUGGUUACCAUACUUCCCACCAUCUCAACCCGCGCAGGCAUUGGCGUGAUCACCCAAUCCACUUCUUGGAGCAGCGUAAGACCUACGGCAAGGAAGCGGCAAUCUUGUUCCACAACAUUGACUUUCUCAUGAUCACCUACCGCUUGAUGGUCAAGGAUUAUGAGCACCUCGCCAAGUGUAUGGUCCCUCUCGGAGCCCAGGCCGAUCUCACUAUGGAGGGACGAGUCGAGUUCCUGAAGCGUUUGACGCGCAAGUUUUCCGAAGAAGAUAUCCGGAAGAAGUUUAAGAAGCAGGCGUACCUGCAUGUACUUGGCUGGAGGUCCGCACGGGCCACUCGAGCUUCUACCGGUGCUAAUGCGCGCGAUAAGUUCUUGAACGAAAAUAACGUCAUUCACGGCAACAUCGAUUACAGCUUGAGAUUCCGCAAAUUGCCUGCAGCAUUGCCCAACAUGUUCCGCUUUCACAAGACGCUCGACAUCAUCACGCUCUUCCACAAGGCCAGCUCCCCGGCCUCUGUGCGGGUUUCCAAUCUGCUCAAGCAGGCAUCGACGAGUGCCCAGAAGAGCGCCACGCAAGACGCCGAGACUCGCCGUGAGCCGUUUGAGCUGAACAUUACCGAAGACGCCCCAACGGUCGACCAGGUGCAGACAAUCCUGGAGUACGUUGGCCAGAGCGGCGCCUCUCAGGUCGUCAAGGGUGCGAGAGACGACAAGGAUGCGCUGAAGAAGUUCAAGGAGAACAAGGAGAAUUUGCUGCGGCCGCUGACUGUUGACUGGAGCAAUGGCAAGGCGAUUGCAGGAGACAACGAGUCCGAGAUCUUGAAGCUCGUCAAUGCUCAAAAGUGA